CACAUGAUCAUAGGAACGGAUUUCUUAAAUUCGGUUGAAUUUAAUAUAAACAAUAACGGUAUUUCAAUAACUCCGAAAACGCCCAAUGGAGAUGGUCAGUGGAUCUAUAGCAUUGAUCAAGAAAACCUGAACGAGGUUAUAAAAUAGGAGAUCUAGUGGCAAUCAGACGAACGCAGUUUGUGGCCGGGAGAAAGUUGGCCAGUGAAUUUAUAGGACCUUAUGAAAUUGUAAAGGUAAAUCGUAACGGACGAUACAAUGUAAAGAAGGCAGCAAAUUGUGAAGGCCCUACCCUCACUUCGACAAGUGAAGAUUACAUCAAAUUGUGGGUGUAUGCGUCGAACAAUGAAAUAGAAUCUUCGGACGAAGAAGAGAUUGAAAUUAAUUGAAAUAUUUAGAGCUGCAACUGGUUCGGCAGUAGUGAUUUUAUUUUUGUUAUUUAUUCGUUAUUUUUUCCCUGCCCCCCUCUACUCCACCACAGCAAAAUGCUUGUCAGUUGUUUUUGACAACCAAGAUGCUCGUUUUGAAAGAUGUGCCUACGACAAGUUUUACGAGGUUUAUAGAAAAAACAAAUUGAUUUGUAUAACGACAGAUGUAUGAUCAUGUUUUACUGGAGUUAACAGAGCACCUUCCUACAGCUCCAUACGUUUGCAUUUGUCGUUCGUCGUAUACAACAAAUCCCAGAGCAGCGCCUUAGCAGUCCUGUUUCGACUCACUUUUUUUUUAGCAAUUUCGACUCACCAUGUACAUAUGUAAGAAUUAGGUUUGACAGCCCUGUAAGGCUAUCCGUGACGAAAAAACAGUAUAAAAGGAGCUACGAAUAGAACGGCAGUCAGUCUCCUUGUGAAUAAAACCCGCCACCACUCUGCAGCUUCUGUGGAGUCACAAUUACAGUUUCCCAUCUUCUCACCAAUUGUAACGGAUAUUCAUCUCACCAUAAACAAUGCAACUUAGACAGCAACAUCGAUAUCAUAUUAUCACCAGACCCAACAAAUCAAAAGAAAGUCUUACAUUUUAUACGAAUAUCCGGACUCUUUAAAGAAUUAUAAAGGAUUUUACGAAAGAGACGAAAGAAUUCCUAAGGAAUCAAAGUCUCUCUAAAUCAUUCAAACAACAAACAACAAUCUCCUUGUGAAUUUCAAAACGAAAUAUCCUGAAAUAAAGACUCGAAUUUUCCCCCUUUUACAGUUUGGUGUCAGAAGUGGGAUAGACCACAAACUUAAGACGUGUUGUGUGUUGAGCGCUAAGACGGGCGCACAACCGCAAAGUGUAAGACGUGUGAGUGUGUGUGCAACAAGCGCUAGGACGGGCGCGCACCACAAACUUAAGACGUGUGUGUGGGUUGAGCGUUAAGACGGGCGCACAACCGCCAAGUGUAAGACGUGCGUGUGUGUGUUGAGCGCUAAGACGAGCGCACAACUGCAGAAAGCAUUUGGCGCGAGUGUGGUACGCAUAACUUUCGCGGAAAUGAGUAACACAGAAACACAUCCGCCAGCUGUGAUGGCUCUGGUGGAAGAUUUUACUAAGCUAGGCUUAGUAAAAAAAUGCGAAGAACGUGGCUUGACUACAGGCGGCACCAAAGAAGAAUUAGCCACGCGUAUCGUCAACUAUGACGAACAGGCGGAAAGCCUGAAUCAAACGGAUCUGGCCUCUUAUGCGGAUGCGGAAGAGACGCAGCGACCGCCGCAGCCAGCACAACCGUAUUCCUUUCGAGAUAUCGAAGAAGGAAUCGAACCAUUUACCGCCAGAACCAACCAAGAUGUUAAUCGGUGGCUAAAAAACUUUGAUGACGUUAGUGCAAUGGUCGGCUGGAACGCUGAUCAAAAGCUAAUAAUGUGUCGCAAGAAAAUGAGUGGUGUGGCUCGUAGUUUUCUAGGCACGUUGCCGAGCUUGACAACAUACCAAAAAUUGCGAAAUGCUCUUUCCAACGAAUUUGGACGAGCAAUGCGAGCAAGUGACGUACACAGAAUCCUUUCGACGCGGCGAAAGAGAAAAAAUGAAACGUCCUUAGAGUUCAUCUACUCGAUGCAAGAAGUGGCCCAACAAACAAGCUUAGAUGAAGCCAGUUUGAUCGAGUACAUAGCGGAUGGACUCACGGAAGACGAAAAUCAGCGCGCAUUGUUCUACGCAGCAGAAAAUUUGGCAGCGCUCAAGGAUAAGGUUCGGCUGUUUGAGCGUGCAACCAAUAAGAAGACGGAGCCGAAAACCAACAAUCGAAAGGACAGUAGGGUUCAGCGUGUUGUUGAAAGUACGAAGAAAAGGUUUUGUUAUAACUGUGGUGACGUCGGUCACGAAUCGCAAAAGUGUCCCUCUAACAAAAGCGGUCCGAAGUGUUUCCAGUGUAGUAAGUUUGGUCAUCGCGCGAAAGAGUGCAAGGCGACAUCAUCCCCGCCCUCAAAAGUACCAAAUAACACGCAGGCAAACAAUGCAUCCGGUUGUUUCAAGUGUGGUCGUAUGGGACACAUAGCGAAGAAUUGCGAGAACAUUAAUACAGUAGAGUGCUCCGGCGUCCAAAGCGACAUGGUAACAACACGUAAAUUACCACUAAAAUGUGUGUCUGUGUAUGGUAAGGAGUGUCAAGCGCUGAUAGACACAGGAAGUGAAGUUUCACUAAUAAGAGACGAUAUUUUUGAGAAAUUGCCUUCGAACGGCAAGAUGUGGACAAAUUCGGUGCGAACGUUGAGAGGUUUGGGUGGACAACCACAAAACGGAUUCAAAGAAACACAGAUCCCUGUUGAGAUAGAAGAACAAUCGAAAGACAUUCGGUUUACUGUAGUUCCUUUGGAAGCGAUUAGUGCACACAUGAUCAUAGGAACGGAUUUCUUAAAUUCGGUUGAAUUUAAUAUAAACAAUAACGGUAUUUCAAUAACUCCGAAAACGCCCAAUGGAGAUGGUCAGUGGAUCUAUAGCAUUGAUCAAGAAAACCUGAACGAGGUUAUAAAAUAGGAGAUCUAGUGGCAAUCAGACGAACGCAGUUUGUGGCCGGGAGAAAGUUGGCCAGUGAAUUUAUAGGACCUUAUGAAAUUGUAAAGGUAAAUCGUAACGGACGAUACAAUGUAAAGAAGGCAGCAAAUUGUGAAGGCCCUACCCUCACUUCGACAAGUGAAGAUUACAUCAAAUUGUGGGUGUAUGCGUCGAACAAUGAAAUAGAAUCUUCGGACGAAGAAGAGAUUGAAAUUAAUUGAAAUAUUUAGAGCAGAUAGGUAAAUACUUCGAGGAUCGAAGUACGCCAGGAAGGGCCUAAUGUAAGAAUUAGGUUUGACAGCCCUGUAAGGCUAUCCGUGACGAAAAAACAGUAUAAAAGGAGCUACGAAUAGAACGGCAGUCAGUCUCCUUGUGAAUUUCAAAACGAAAUAUCCUGAAAUAAAGACUCGAAUUUUCCCCCUUUUACA